AUGGCCCCAACCCCCCCUCCUAAAUCCAUCAUAAAGAACGCAAGAGCGUGGCAGGUGACCGUGGUCUACCUGGAGCACCUCCCUUCUGGAGCACCUCCCUCCUGGAGCACCUCCGUCCUGGAGCACCUCCGUCCUGGAGCACCUCCCUCCUGGAGCACCUCCGUCCUGGAGCACCUCCGUCCUGGAGCACCUCUCUCCUGGAGCACCUCCCUCCUGGAGCACCUCCGUCCUGGAGCACCUCCCUCCUGGAGCACCUCCCUCCUGGAGCACCUCCGUCCUGGAGCACCUCCCUCCUGGAGCACCUCCCUCCUGGAGCACCUCCGUCCUGGAGCACCUCCCUCCUGGAGCACCUCCGUCCUGGAGCACCUCCGUCCUGGAGCACCUCCCUCCUGGAGCACCUCCGUCCUGGAGCACCUCCCUCCUGGAGCACCUCCGUCCUGGAGCACCUCUGUCCUGGAGCACCUCCCUUCUGGAUCACCUCCCUCCUGGAGCACCUCCGUCCUGGAGCACCUCCGUCCUGGAGCACCUCCCUCCUGGAGCACCUCCGUCCUGGAGCACCUCCCUCCUGGAGCACCUCCGUCCUGGAGCACCUCCGUCCUGGAGCACCUCCCUCCUGGAGCACCUCCGUCCUGGAGCACCUCCGUCCUGGAGCACCUCCGUCCUGGAGCACCUCCCUCCAGACAGGCCCAGCUGGAGAACUGCGCUCCUCCCCCGCGCUUGACGUGCUCGUUGUGGAGGGAGGGGCCAGGGGCUCAAGAUCUGAAGACUGCCCUCAUGGAGCGAGACGAUUCCUCUUCUGGAACCAGCAGCCGCACCACCAGGCUCAUUCACUGA